CAUAACCUUUGAUUAGGUUUCAUAAUAAACAACAGUUCUACUUAAAUUUUGGUCCUUUAAUUCUACGCCAAAAAAUAGAACCGUCAUGCAUAAACAUAGAGAUAAAUUGCCUGAGUUUGAAGAACCAAAGAAAAAAUUGAUCACUGAUCAUGAUCAACAUGUUAAAGAGUUGUUUCAAAUGCAGACAAAUGUUUCAACAAAUUUGAAAAGUGAGUUACACAAGGUAAAAGUCUUCCAAAAAGCUACAGAAGGUUUUACACUUUCCAAUCAUAUAGCAGGUACAAGUUCCUUAAAACAAUUGCAAGAGAAUGAAAAUAGACAAAGUGAAAUUAAUGAACUUUUAAGUUAUGGCCUGACAAAAGAUGAAAUAGACCUUUAUUAUGACUACAAAUCAAUGGGAUUGGAAGGUGUGCAGAAGAAGUAUUUGAAUCAUGAACCAGAUGUAUUGAAAAAUAAGAUUGAUAUAAUAUUAAAAACAAUAAAAUCAUCUUUAGACAAAGGAGAAACUGUAUGUUACUCUACACAACCAAUGGAUAGUAUUAAAGAAAUGGACUCUAUAUAUAAAGAAGCAACAAAUCAACUAACUCCUGAUAUAAAUAAAAUACGUCGAAAAGCGAGAAAAGUCGCUAAUAGAUUGCGAAAAGAUGAUGUUACAACUGUUCCUGUUACAACUGUAACACCAACUCUUAAUUGUGAUAGUAAAACAUUAUGGGACAAAACAGAAAUUCCUGAAAAUAAAACAAGUAGAAAACAAACUGUUCAGUAUACUUGUAAGAAUCAAAAUUUUUACACAAUCAAAGAUGGUGAAAUAAUUAAAAUUGACAAUCAGCCAAAUAAAACAAAAGUACCUCAGGUAACUGGCCAGUUAUCAUUAGAGGAGAUAAAACAAUUGCCUCAAUUUACGAAUUAUCAACCUGGAAAGCCUUCAAAUGUGAUAUAUGUGAAAAAUUUACCAAAGAAAACAUCAAUUGAAGAUUUGAAGAGAUACUUUAAAGACUGUCCAGCACAAGAGUAUAAAGUAAUGAGCGGUAAAAUGCGUGGACAAGCAUUUCUAACUUUUGAUUCAGUAGAAACAGCACAGAAAAUGUUGAAUACUUUAAAUGGUUUAAUAAUCAACGAUAAACCUGUUAUUUUACAAUAUGGAAGGACUUUAGAAAAUAAUACAAGAUAAUUUAUUAUGUUUUCAA